UCCAAGUCGCCGCUUUGUUUUAUCUCUCUUUCCGAGCAGUUUGAGGCAAAAUCAUGGCGACCACUUCACCAGCCAAAGAACCCACUGAAACCCCAGCCAAACCGCCACCCCCUAUCUCCCAGAGCCCCGUCACCCCCCUGCCCGUCAAGCCCGAGACUCCCACCACCACCACCACAACCACAACCACAACCACCUCCGCCCCUAGGCCUCCUGAUCCACCGCCUUCCGAUGCCGACGUCAUCCACGUCCCCAGCUAUUCCCGUUGGUUCUCAUGGAGCAAAAUCCACGACUGCGAGGUCCGGUUCGUCCCGGAGUUCUUCGACACUGCCUCUCACUCCAAGAACCCCGGGUUGUACAUGUACUACAGGAACUCCAUCGUCAAGCAGUUCAGGGCCAACCCUUCGAAGAAGCUCACUUUUACGGACGCCAGAAAGAUCCUGGUAGGCGACGUGGGUUCCAUCCGCAGGGUCUUCGAUUUCCUGGAAGCGUGGGGUCUGGUCAAUUACUCGCCCUCCGCGCACAACAAGCCGCUCAAGUGGGAAGACAAGGAGAGUAAGUCCGACGCCAAAGGAGGCGGCGGCGGCGCUGCUGCGACGGUUGAGUCUUCCGCGGCGGCGGCUUCCAAUAGAGAGAGUUCUAACAAGGUGGUGUGCAGUGGGUGCAAGCUCGUUUGCAGCAUUGCCUGCUUUGCUUGUGAUAAGUAUGACUUGACUCUUUGUGCAAGAUGCUAUGUUCGUGGUAACUACCGGGUUGGUGUCAACUCUGGAGAUUUCAGGCGGGUUGAGAUCAGUGAAGAUAUGAAGGCAGAUUGGACAGAAAAAGAAACUUUGUAUCUUCUGGAAGCUAUUAUGCAUUAUGGUGAUGACUGGAAGAGGGUUGCACAACUUGUUGGUGGAAGAAGCGAGAAGGAAUGUGUCGCUCAGUUCAUUAAGCUUCCUUUUGGGGAGCAAUAUCUUAAAUAUCCAGAAUCUGGGGAGGUUGAUAACAAUUGUAAUGCAGUGAAGGAUCAAGUUGAUGCUGGAUGCGGUUUAGAAAGCUCUGGUGCAUCAUUCCCCAGUAAAAGAAUGCGUCUUACACCUCUUGCAGAUGCAAGCAACCCAAUUAUGGCUCAGGCUGCAUUUCUGUCAACUCUGGCGGGUGUAGACAUUGCAGAAGCUGCUGCCCGAGCAGCGGUUUUGAGUCUCUCUCAGGUAGGCCAUGGAGCAAAUAGAGAGCAUCUUGGUACUCUUGCCAGGAAUACAAAAUUGCAAGAAGCUGAUGUUGCAUCUAAUGGCGACACCACCCAGAAUGCAUUGGACGGAGCUUUCGUAGAAGCAAAUUCACAGAUUCAGAAGGAACAGCUGGAUGUGGAGAGAGCAAUUUCUGAGAUUACACAGCAGAUGAAAGCAAUACAAAAUAAGCUUGUUCGUUUUGAGGAUCUAGAUUUGCAGAUGGAGAAAGAAUGGCAGCAAUUGGAAUCUAUGAAGAACAUGCUCUUUGUUGAUCAGCUUGCCCUCUUGUUUCAUAAAAGUUCUGAAGAACGAAUGGAACAAAAGAAUAUGAGAACAGAUUGAUGUUACAUUAUUCAUGAAUGUCUAUAUACUCAUCUAUUUUUGCUUUA